GUCCCAGCCUGCCCUGCGCGGGCCAACGAGAGCAAAUCCAGUGACUCACCUCUGCCGCGCUAACUCCUCUCUGGCUCUCCCCUCACUCACGCUCACACCCGGCUCGACAUGGCGGCGGCAGCGGCGGCGGCGGGGGACUCCGACUCCUGGGACGCGGACACGUUCUCCGUGGAAGACCCGGUGCGGAAGAUGGGGGGUGUCGGCACCGCGGGCGGGGACCGCUGGGAAGGCGAGGACGAGGACGAGGACGUCAAGGAUAAUUGGGAUGAUGAUGAUGAUGAAAAAAAAGAGGAAGCAGAAGUAAAACCAGAAGUAAAAACUUCAGAAAAGAAAAAAAUAACAGAGAAGAUAAAAGAGAAAGAACGGCAACAGAAGAAAAGGCAAGAAGAAAUUAAAAAGCGGUUAGAAGAACCUGAAGAAACUAAAGUGCUAACACCAGAAGAACAAUUAGCAGAUAAACUGAGGCUAAAGAAAUUACAGGAAGAGUCAGACCUUGAAUUAGCAAAAGAAACUUUUGGUGUUACUACUAAUACAAUUUAUGGAAUAGAUGCUAUGAACCCAUCUUCAAGAGAUGACUUCACAGAGUUUGGAAAGUUACUAAAAGAUAAAAUUACACAAUAUGAAAAGUCACUAUAUUAUGCCAGUUUUUUGGAAGCCUUAGUUCGAGAUGUAUGUAUUUCAUUGGAAAUUGAUGACUUGAAAAAGAUUACCAAUUCAUUGACUGUGCUUUGUAGUGAGAAACAGAAGCAAGAAAAGCAAAGCAAAGCCAAAAAGAAGAAGAAAGGUGUGGUUCCUGGAGGGGGAUUAAAGGCCACUAUGAAAGACGAUCUGGCAGAUUAUGGUGGUUAUGAUGGAGGAUAUGUACAAGACUAUGAAGAUUUCAUGUGACAUUUUAUCUCCUCUGGUGUCUUCUUUCUGUUGUCCACAAUCCCUUCAACAUGUAGCACAACUUCCUUUCCUUUCAGUUCUGCCAAAUGCUACAAUCAGAAGUGCAGUAUCUUUUGUGCUGGUUAUUUAACCCCUUGACGCUUAGGUGCUAAUGUGCAAAUGAGGGAACUUGUAUCUUGCUGCCAAGGGGUUAAAAUUGGGAACCUCAGUUGCUACUAAAUCAUAGUUUUAAAAAACAAACAAACAAAAAGCUAAUAAUGUUGUCAUUGUUGCUAUUUGAUUCUAUAGCAGCAGUCACUAAAUUGGAAAUAAGGGUUGCAACAUGACAAAAAAUUGUGUAGUAUUGACCAGCACCGUUCAGUAAUACAGCCUUAACCAUACCUCCUUGAACUACUUCAUAACUUAUCAAGAAAAGCAGUUUGCAGCGAGGGCGUGUGGUGUGCACCUAGUAUUAAAAUUGCUUUGUCUUAAUAUUGAGCGUGAGGAUAUUAAACAUGCAUUGUGAAGAAGACUGCUUAUCUCAGAGUGAAGAUAUGGCGGCUGAAAAGCACUAGUUUGAUACUCAAAAGUUAAAUGACCAAAACCCUCUGACUUUGAAGCCGAAGAAGGUAAACCUCUCCAUUAUUGCAUUACAAGUCAUGGAAUCUCUUGAAUGCAGACUGUGUAGUUUAUCAGACUAUUCUACUGAUGAAGUGCUUCGGAUCGGGGAGGGAAACCCUAACUGUUUUAUUUGCCUGAUUUGAGUGUCUGAGAAACAAACUUUUGUUCUCCUAGGCUGCAAUGGAACAACUUUAAACAGGGUUUUGGCAUUUCCUUUCCUUUAUAAAACAUGCUCAGCAAGCUGCACCAGUUAACUACAGUUUGGUAAAUUGUUAUGUUAACAAUUAUGACAUCUGCAAUGUUUUAUAAAGCAAAUAAUUUAAUAAAAUCACUAUUGUGAGGACUUAAAUUUUGUGUUACCUCCCAAGAGAUAUUUUUGGAGUAUAGAGCACAGCUCUUGGGACUAGAGUUCUCUAUAUAUUUACAAAGCUUAAUAAAUGCUUGAUGAGUAGUUAAUAGCUUUAAAACAAAAAUGAUUUGUGAGGCCCUCAAUAGUGUCACUCUAGAGCAACAAAGGUAUAGGGCUGCCUUCCUCUUUUUAUUUAUUUGGGGAAAUUGGUGGUUUAGAUACUAAGGCCUAAUUAAGUACCUAGAAUUAUUUAUUUGGAGUAAUUGAGCUUAUAACUCAGGUUAUGGCUGUAAGCAUAGAUUGAGUAUCUUUAUUAUACAUUUUCUUUUAAGCAUUUUAGCCAAAUUUGUGAUUAGAGUCUUUUUUUUUGCAACUGUCACAGGCUCAAAAGUAGGGACAGAAGAAAAAUACUUUCAGUUUCUCUCAUGAAGAGGAGGGUCGAUCAAAGCUCUGUAGGCUACUAAGUGGAAGACAGGACCAUCUAAAUGAUUUGAGGAAUUAACAGAAAGCAGUGACUACACAGCAAUAAUUAAGAGCAAAUAACGAUAAUUUUAAGGCAGACAAGGGCUAAGAUUUUCUUAGCAGUUAAUAAUGACAUGCACUGAAUUUAAAAUCUAUUUUAUUAUAGAGAUCAGUUUCUAACUAAUGGAAAUGUAUAUCUGUUCCUUAACUGUGUAAAUAAUAUUAAAUUCCUUUGAAACUGGAAUCUGUAGGCACAGGUAUUCUUUAAUCAAUAUUGUAUCAUGUCCUAAAGUAAAAGCUAUCCUGAGGAAGAUGAAACUUUUGAUCUUAUCACUAAUAUCUAUAUAAAAUGGUACAGAGGAACAGUCACUUUUAAAACAGGAAUUUCCUUGUGGAAACUCAUUCUUUAUCCACUGUUCACAACAGACUGACUGGUAUGAUCAGUUCUGGGGUUUUAUAACUUGGACAACAAAGAUCCCCAAUGUGUUAUUCUACUGUGAUCACAAACAUCUGUCAGUAUCUCAUUUCAGGACAAGACAACAGGCACCGAUGUAACCUUGCUCAUGUCAUCAGAAUCCAUCUAACCUGCUAGCAUGUCCUUUAGACAGCAACCUGUCUGAGGGUCCUUCAGAAGCAUAUUUACAACAUCAUAAAAUUUAUGUUCAUAUGCCAGCUUAUAAUACAGGUAGACAUCUUCACAACAUGUGAGUAACUUCUUCAGGUUUUUCACAGCCAUCUCAGUAGGCUGGCGUUGUUUAACUCUGGACAAACAUAAGAACGUACAGGUUAAGAUAAUGCAGCUUGAGUGAGGACUGUCAGCUCUGACACUGACUACCUACAGAGGAGAAGGUGUGGUGUUAGACAGAGUCUGGGAAAUUAUCUAAAACUAACUAGCAUUAGGGGGGCAUUUGGUAAACAAUGAAAUUGUUUCAUUAAAAAUAUAUCUUAAUGCUUACCUUAAUUAGAGUAAGUUUAGUACACCAAAGGGGACCUCUGAUGUUUAGAGUUUUUGGUGCCUCAGGCUAGCUGAGUAGCUGUACUCCCAUCUUAAGUACAGAGUACCAUAAAGUGUUUUCAUUCAUCUAUUUGCAUAAAUGUGUUAAAAAAAUCUCUCCUUUCUGGGCAUUCUUGACAUCUCUCUGUCAUCUCAAGCAGAGGGGUGGCUACAGGCAUGUUAUACUUAGCCAUAAAAUUCUUAACCAUGCCUUAACCAAAGUAGAGGCAUUUUAAUACUUACUUUUCGGAAAUCUCUUCAAAUACACUGGUUCUUAGUAACCUUUGCUGCUUAAAUUCUUCCAAGUAAUUAAAGUCUCCUUUAAGAAUCACUUGUUGGUAUAGAAUUUCAGCCCAAUCGGGAACAAAGUCAUAGGCCUCAGCCACAAUAGAAGCCUUAAAAGGAUGGAAGGAAGGGCACCAUUGAAGCCUUUUUAAUGUAAAAUUGAAGGCAGAUUAUUGUAGAAAACUUAACACUGUACACUCAUACAGUGAAUGUGAUCAUUAUCAAUCAUAUUAAAAGGCUCUGUUUAUA